AGGGCGAAUCCAUUAAACUCGAUCAACCAUUAACGAGUAAUCCUAAUGUGGGUGGAUUUGGUCAUGGGGAUGCGGAAAUAGUACUUCAAGAUCCAUUACGUGUCCAAGGCCUUUUGUUCUUCUUAGGAUCGGUUGUUUUGGCACAAAUCUUUUUGGUUCUUAAAAAGAAACAGUUUGAGAAG